GCUGUAAGACCUUGGCUAUGGUGACCAAGCUGAGGCCAGUACCCAUCACCACCCUGAUGCCCACGAUGCCUUGCUCCAUUCUCUGAUCGUAUUUAUACAUCGUCGUUCAGCGCCCAGUGUUUUCAGUGCAUUCACUAUUUCUUAACUCAAUUUGCUCAGAGCUAUCCCACUCCUCGAGCAGAGAGCCUCGAGCCAUCCUCGCAUCUACGUUCACCCGAACUUGGAAACGACGCAAUGUGCUUGUUCUCGAUCAAGAAGGAAGAAGAUGAGGACAUCCGGGUCUCGCGCAGGGUCACUCGUCGCGAGGUCGACCGUUAUCGCACGUAUUCACCCAGCCGACGCUCAUCGCGGGUGAGCAUACGCACCUCGCAGCCCACAAUCGUGGUACCUCCACCGGCGCCGCUCACGCUGCCCCCUCCAACGGGCAAGAUUCUACCGGCCCCACAGCCAGUGCCACAGUUUGAGAGUCCUCAGCUCUCACCGCCGGAAGUACACUAUGUUCAUGUCAGUCCGCGCUCCAGCGUUUCGAGCCAUCGCGACCAUGAGGAUUACCACUAUGAGCGGCGGGAGGUGAGAUACGAGAGGGAUGUGUCGCCAGCAAGGUCUCACAGAGACCACUACGAGUAUCGCUAUGUUGACGCACCGGAGCCUGAGGUCAGGUAUCGACGGAGGGAGCGAAGCAGAAGUCGAGGCCGCUACGACGAUGAGGACGAGUAUGAUAGGACCAACGUGCGGGUGUCACGAAGGAGUGUAUACCGAUAGAGUCGGAUAUAGGGACAACGGAUAUUAGAGCCGACCAGAUGCUGGGUCAUCCAGCUGGGGGACAAAAGAGUACGCCAGGUUAUGAGUUCUGACGAAGUUACGAGAGAGUCUUUAUGCUACGUUUUAUACAUAACGUUUCACAAUACAGCAACUUGACCAUAAGCUCUUUGUUGGUGUGUCUUUGCAUCUUGUCCUAUCGAAGUUACAUGAUAG